AAAACUAUGUUAUAAUCGCUCCUUUCUUUCUAUCCUUUAUAUAGCUUUUCGUAACAGCUUUAUUUUUGUUCUUGCACAAGUAUGGACGCUACUAAUGCGUUUUCGCUACUCGUUCUUGCGGUUAUCUCGUUAUCUUUCUUCGUAUACGUUCGUACACGAAGUUCUUCAAACGCCAACACUCCUCCUGGCACAAGCGGAUGGCCGAUCGUCGGAGAAAAUAUCAAUCUCGGCUUGUCGGGUCCGCCAAAAUUCAUCGACACGCGAAUGAAAAAGUUCUCUCCCGACGUAUUCCGAACGUCUUUGCUCGGGGAGAAAAUGGCCUUCUUUUGUGGACCGCAAGGGAAUAAGUUUGUAUUCAGCAACGAGAACAAAGUUCUCGCCUCGUGGUGGCCGAAGUCCGUCAUCAAGGUUCUUCUCUUUACUGAAGUUAUUGAUAACAAUCAAAAAGUCGUAGCGCCGUUACUUGCUAACGUUGUUCACGAUAUUCUAAGGCCUGAUGCAUUGAAACGGUAUGUUUCCAUGAUGGAUUCGAUGGCUCGGAAACACAUGGUGACCGAUUGGGCUCCAUAUGAGGAAGUGAAGGUGCAUCCUUUGUCGCAAAAGUACACGUUCGCUCUUUCUUGCAAACUAUUUAUGGACGAAGAUGAUGACGAUAAAGUUGCCAAGGUCUUGAAGAAUUUCAAUAUCGUCACAAACGGGAUGAUCUCGUUGCCUAUAGAUUUUCCAGGCACGGCCUAUAACCGUGCUAUUAAAGGAGGGAAAUUGCUUCGCGACAGUCUACUGAAGAUCAUUGCGUCAAGAAGAAAGGAAUUAAUAGAGAAUAACGAGAUAGUGAGACAGGACAUAUUAUCGCAAAUGCUACUGAUGACGAGUGAUGACGGGAGACUUCUGAGCGAAAAAGAAAUCUCGAACAAUAUCAUAGGUUUGCUAGUCGCUAGCUACGAAACUAGCAGUGUAGCAAUCACGUUCGUCUUGAAGCAUCUUGCUGAGCAUCCACGUAUCUAUAAUGAAGUUCGCAAAGAACAAAUGGAGAUCGCAAAAUCUAAACGUCCAGAAGAGUUGCUAACCUGGGAAGAUGUUGAAAAGAUGAAAUAUUCAUGGAAUGUCGCUCGUGAAUCCAUACGUUUAGCGCCACCUGGUCAAGGGGCCUUUCGAGAAGCUUUGACGGACUUCAAAUUCGCAGGUUUCACUAUCCCUAAGGGAUGGAAAAUAUUCUGGAAUGUAAACACAACACACAAUGACCCAAAAUACUUCCCGAAUCCACAGAAAUUUGAUCCUUCGAGAUUCGAAGGAUCUGGACCUGCACCAUACUCAUUUGUACCGUUCGGUGGAGGACCGAGAAUGUGCCCAGGGAAAGAGUAUGCCCGACUAGAGAUACUCAUUUUCAUGCAUAAUUUUGUGAAGAAUUUCAAGUUAGAGAAGCUAAUCCCGAAUGAAAAGAUAUUGUAUCGCUCUACUCCUGUACCUGCAAAAGGUCUCCCGGCUCGCCUUUACCCUCAUGGCAAGAACUAGAGAUUGUAAAUAUAAAGAAAUUCGCUACUUUAUUGCAUACGUCAGCUGUCCAUCUCGACACUGGCACUGUACAUAUACGGAAUGAAGAGAACAAUCUUCUGACAGAUUUUUCAAAUGCAUGAUCUCACAGAUUUUGAAACGUUCUUCAAUCUGAGAGAAGGUCAUGGAUUUGAUAAAAA